UCCCACAUAGCAUUGGAAACAUGACCAAGCUUGAAACUUUUCACCUAUCUGAUAAUAGCAUUAAUGGCUCCAUUCCUUGUGAGAUUGGGAAUCUAGUAAAAUUGAUAAUGUUUUCAUUAUCUGACAACCAAAUAACUGGUCACAUCCCACAUAGCAUCGGAAGCCUGACCAAGCUUGAAACUUUUUACCUGUAUAACAAUCAUGUCUAUGGCUUAGUACCAAUCGAAAUGGUGAACCUUACAAAUCUAACUCAUCUUGACCUAUCCAACAACCACCUCUUUGGUAAUCUCCCACCAAAUCUGCCCAAAGGAGGUUUGCUUCAAAGUCUUAUUUUGGCAGAAAAUAAUUUCCAAGGUCCCAUUCCAGUGAGUUUGAAAAAUUCAACAAUGCUAUUCAGGGUGCGUCUUGAUAGGAACCAAUUCACUGGAGAUAUCUCUCAAAGCUUUGGUGUUCAUCCGCAUUUGGUUUAUAUUGAUCUAAGCUUUAACAGAUUGUCUGGCACUUUGUCACCGUCUUGGGGAGAAUGCCUUAACUUGACAAGCUUUAAAAUAUCAGGCAAUAAAAUUAGCGGACAAAUACCACACGAAAUCAUUGAAUUGCCGAAGUUGCACCUGCUUGACAUCUCUUCUAAUAAUUUUGUGGGAAAUAUCCCAAGGGAUUUUGGUAAAUUAUCUUACAUAUUUCAGUUGAACAUGAGCAACAAUCAUCUCACAGGAACCAUACCACCAGAAUUUGGGGGUCUAUCUUUAUUAGAAGUUCUAGAUAUGUCAAGCAACAAUCUGAGAGGAGAAAUUCCAAUACAGUUGGAGAACUGCAUUAAAUUGAACUCACUCAAGUUGAGCGGUAAUCAACUAAGUGGAGCGAUCCCUUUUCAACUUGGUAAUUUGAACUUGCAUGAUGUUCUAGACUUGAGCCACAAUUUAUUCAUAGGAGAAAUGCCACAACAAUUAAGCAAGUUAAUGGAGUUGCGAGAGUUGAAUUUAUCACACAAUAAAUUGGUUGGUCCAAUUCCAUCUUCUUUUCAAUCAAUGACAGGGUUAAUGUCAUUGGAUUUAUCUUAUAAUUAUUUGGAAGGUCCUGUUCCAGGGAGCCAUUUCUUUCAAGAAGCUCCCCUUGAGUGGUUUAUCCACAAUAAAGGUUUAUGUGGCCAAGUUCAUGGUUUACCUCCGUGUCAUCAAUCUUGGUCAACAAGUAAAGGUGAUGAAGAGAAACAACAUAUAAAUCAUUAUCUUAAUUGUUCCUUUGAUAUGUGGCAUUUUACUUAUCUUAUUUUUGAUAAUUGGAAUAUAUGCAUUGCUUUAUUGUAAGAAAAAAAAGAUCCACUGUGAAUGACACAAGUGAAGAAUUUGAUGGACAUUUCUUCUCCAUUUGGAGAGUUAGUCAUGGCAAGGAAGCAUAUAAAGAGAUCAUUAGAGCAACAGAAAAUUUUGAUGAAAAGUAUCAGAUUGGUACCGGAGCUUGUAGUAUAGUCUAUAAAGCCACACUAUCAUCAGGAGUGACACUUGCUAUUAAGAAAAUUCAAGAAGAAGAAGAAGUCCAAAUGAAUAAGGAAGCUUUCCGAAAUGAAAUACAAGCAUUAACUGAAAUUCGGCAUCGCAAUAUUGUGAGGUUUUAUGGUUUCUGCUCUACAAAUAAAUUCAACUUUAUGGCAUAUGAGUAUAUGGAGAGAGGAAGCCUGGGCACUAAUCUAAGAUCUGAACAGGGAGCAAUGGAGUUAGAUUGGUUCAAGAGAGUUAGCAUUGUACGAGACAUUACCCAAGCUUUAUCUUACUUGCAUCAUGAUUGUAAUCCAUCUAUUGUUCAUCGAGAUAUAACGAGCAACAACAUUCUUUUGGAUGAAGAGUGCAAGGCUUGUGUUGCAGACUUUGGUAUUUCUCGAUUGCUAAAACCUAAUUCUUCACAUUGGAGUUUGCUUGCAGGCACAUAUGGGUAUAUGGCACCAGAGCUUACCUAUGUAAUGAAAGUGACUGAAAAAUGUGACAUAUAUAGUUUCCGAAUUGUAGCACUUGAUGUGAUACAUGGAACGCAUCCUGGGGAUCUUCUAAGCAACUUAUCAUUGAGUAUACUAGUGAAAGAUAUGCUAGAUUCAUGUAUUCCCCUUCAUAAUACCGAUCAAGUGACCACAAACCAAGUGCUUUUGGUGAUUUUGAUAGCAAUGCAGUGCAUCAACACCGUUCCACAAGCUCGUCCUACAAUGCAAGAAGUAUCUCAAAGGUUGUCUUCUCCAAAGUCUUUGCCAGCAUUUGACAACCAUUCUUAUCAGGCACUUACACUAAAUCACCUCAUAAACAUUGUGUAAGUGCAUAUUGAUGAUCAAGCGCAUGAAUAAUGGGAACUUAGCUUAUAUUACUAAGCUUCCCAAACAUGGAUGUUGAAUCUCUGUGCUUCACCUUUACCAAUAAAAAGGCACAAUCCUAGUUACUCAAGGGAGGGUGAUUCGACCUUGAGUCUUAAAAGCAGUUCACUUUUGUGUCUGUUUGUCUUGAUCCUCCUUAUUUUUGUUAGUUUGUGAUGUUGUAAUGAACUCUCCUUUUUAUCUCCAUUAUCUAGUUCUACUGUAAUUAACUCCCUUUUUAUUUUAAUAAAGCGGUU